UUAUUUGAACAAAAAAAAUGUUUUAGAAGAAAUUGUUCAAUGUUAAAUUUACGUAUUAAAAAGUGUGAAAACUAAGAUGUGUAAAAAACCGAAGAGCACCGAAAAUUGAUUAUGAAUCUACGCAAACAAAAAAGUACCCAGUUUGUUCUACAUACACACACACACUCACACACAUGCAUACGGAUGUGUGGGGCAGCUAUGCAUCAUAUUCUUGAUUAUUUUUCUCAAGCAUUUGAUGUACCGUUGGAUUGGACUGGUGGAUUGCGCAUCGACACCAAAAACUUUGAGCGUAAAUAACCAUGUACAUACAUAUGUGUGUGUGUUUAUACAACACACAUAGGAAUGUUUGCACGUAUGGGCAUUUUUGACUAUAGACGCGCACCUGCAGCUGCGUUAUGCGAAUGAGACAAAACAUUUGUUGCUGCCAGCACCGAACACACACACACACAGGCACAUUCACUCGCAGUCAGACACAACUAGCGCCGCGUGUGGCCGCCAAUUUGAAUUUGGGCCCAAUUGCACGUGCCCACAGACAAUUGCGGCCUCUCUGUUUACGAAUGUGCGUAUGAAAACAGAGAGAGCACAAAAAGCGAGGCCGACGGGGCAAAGCGCAGACGCAAACCAAAAGUGCACGCAGUCGGCAAGCAGCACGACAACACUGGCCAAUCGUUUUCAUUUAAUAGUACUUGUUAUAUAUGCGCGCAGCAAGACAACACUGGCCAAACGCGGGCAAUGUACGCAUCAACAAGCGGAAUCAAAUAGCAGCAAACGCGCAGCAGGAGCAGCUGAGACACAGGCCGCUCCAUCCCAAUCAGAACCUCUGACAGGCGAAGGGGCGGGCGGGGGCGGGUGCGCACAUACUGAGCAGAGGCACUGUUGGAACAUUUGGGCAGCGAUUGUCGUCCACAGUUCGACGGCAAAGUCGCGCGCGAACAGUUCGAAAAGACGGGAGAAACGCGUUGCGUCGCGUCGCUAGAAAACUUUGUUCGGAAAAUGUUGAGCGUGGAAAAUGCCGGCGGCAACAUUUUUCGAAACGUAAUUCAAUUGAAAUCUAAAUUAAAUUUGUGCUAAAUAAACACAAAGCCUUAAACAAUAAGCUAGUAAAAAAAAUUGUAAAUAUUCAAUUAAAUGAAUCCCAGAAAUAUUUACAAAAAACAAAUCAUAAAUAAAAAACGCUUUUUAUUGUCGACUUUUGUUUCGUGCGGUGCAGGAGCUCACAUUGAAUUCUGAAAACUCAUUUCCUGGCGCACAGCAAACAAAUGCCAGCCAAAUAAGGACACGCAACAUUAGUCUGGGCAAACAAAGGGGAGUCCAAGCCCCCGCUCUCCCCCCUCUUUCUACCAAAGAUCAUGCUGGAUUCCAUAACAACAACAACAACCGGAGCUGGACAGGUCAUGGAGAACAACGAAGAGCUGCUGGACAACACAUGGAGCAACUGGAGCACUUAUGCCCCCGUCCUGAUCUAUAAUGCCAUGAAUAGCGUCCUGGCCAAUCAGACCCCUCUUUCCUCCGAGUACGGACCCAGUCUGGCCUACAAUCUGAGCAGGGUUUUGCCCACGGGCAUCACAGGACUUCCGGCUGCAGAUGUCGAUGAGGAUGCGGCAACGCCCGUGGCCAGCUUUGCCUUCGUUGUGCCCUGGUGGCGCCAGGUGCUCUGGAGCAUUCUAUUCGGCGGCAUGGUUAUUGUGGCAACUGGCGGCAAUCUAAUUGUCGUCUGGAUUGUGCUGACCACCAAGCGUAUGCGCACCGUCACCAACUAUUUUAUAGUGAACCUCUCCAUAGCCGAUGCGAUGGUCUCCAGUCUGAACGUGACCUUCAACUAUUACUAUAUGCUGGACAGCGACUGGAUAUUUGGCGAGUUCUACUGCAAGGUAUCGCAAUUUAUUGCCAUGCUGAGUAUCUGUGCGUCGGUGUUCACUCUGAUGGCCAUAUCAAUCGACAGGUACGUGGCAAUUAUGAAGCCGUUGCAGCCGCGGAUGAGCAAGCGACGCAAUUUGGCCAUUGCCGCGCUCAUCUGGCUCUCCUCGACGCUCAUCUCCUGCCCCAUGCUGCUCUUUUUCAGGACCGAGGAGGUGCCGGUGACCAUGGAGAACAAAACACGCAUCGUCUGCUUUCCCGAGUGGCCCGACGGACAGACGAAUCACUCCAAGCAGGAGCACAUAUACAAUAUUCUCAUCCUAAUACUCACCUACUUUCUGCCCAUUAUCUCGAUGACGGUCACCUAUUCGCGCGUGGGCAUCGAACUGUGGGGCUCCAAGACAAUUGGCGAGUACACGCCCAGGCAAACGGAGAAUGUGCGUAGCAAGCGAAGGGUGGUCAAGAUGAUGAUUGUGGUCGUUCUGAUAUUCGGCUUCUGCUGGCUGCCCUUCCACACGUACUUCAUCGUCACAUCCUGUUAUCCGGCUAUUACCGAGGCGCCAUUCAUUCAGGAGCUAUAUUUGGUUAUCUACUGGCUGGCCAUGAGCAAUUCUAUGUACAACCCGAUUAUAUACUGCUGGAUGAAUUCCCGUUUCCGCUAUGGCUUCAAAAUGGUUUUCCGCUGGUGUCCUUUCGUGAACGUGGGCGCCGAGUCGCUAAACCGUCGCGAGAAUCUUACCUCGCGCUACUCCUGCUCCGGCUCGCCGGAUCACAAUCGCAUCAAACGGAAUGACACGCAGAAGUCCAUACUCUAUGCCUGCCCCAGCUCGCCCAAGUCGCAACGCGUCUCGCACUGUGGUAAGGACGACUCCUUAAGUGGAAAAGAUUUGUCACUUAGCCACGCUUUUUCCUACUCCUACUCCGUUGCAGGUGUUCCGCCGCGGUCGCUGCCCGUGCAGCAGCUGAGCAGCAGCCGGCGUGGCCAGAGAUCGUCCUAUCAGCAGGAAAUGCAGGAACGGUGGAGCGGCGACAAGUCAAGCAAUUCCCUGAACUCGACUACGGAAUGUCGCACCACGCAGCUGCUCUCCUGACAGGCCGCAUCCCCGGAGAACGUGGAGCUCCAGAUGCAACUCGUCUGCAGCUCCAACAACGACUAUCGACGAGGCAUCAAUACAUCUGCAGCUGAUGACAAGACCUGGCUGUAGGUUUCCUCUUCUCACUAUCUCUCGAAUUUAGACUAAGCAAGAAUAAAAGAUGGAUAGACCUACAACUAGCUUCUAUAUAUCAACGUAUAGGAUAUAAGUUGAUUCAAGUCUCAGCUUCGAGUUAAUUCGAGUCUUGACUUCAAAUUGAUUCGAGUCUCAGCUUCCAGUUGAUUCGACUCUCAGCUUUAAGAUGAUUCGAGUUUCAGCUUAAAAAUGUUUUCCCAAUUUUUACAGAAUUGUCAUGAACGCUGUUCGUAGCAAAGAAUAUUUCCCUUUCCCUUCUCCUUCUUUGCUUGAAAAUUCAGCUUAUGGCUUCUAUUUGUAAAAUUUGGAAAAAUACUUUGUAAAGUUGGACCUCUCCUCCGCUUUUCCUAUCGUCUUACAAAUAUUCAUUGUGGCUUCACUAAAUGCAAAUUGUCGCUUGUUAAGCCCAAGUCUAGUUACAAUUUUGAUGAUCUAAGUGUGUAAAUGAUAUAUGAUGUAUGUAACAAUAUGUAUGUAUGCAUGACACAAAUAUAUGAUGUAUUAAACUAUAUGUAUGUAUGCAUGCUACAAAGUCAUAUGAAGCAUAUGAAGACUUCUCCCCAUACCCCUUGUAUAUAAGAUUAAGUGUAUAAUUCGUGUAGAAGAAUUGAAAAUUAAAUAUAUGUACCCUUCCAUAGGGUAAUCCAAUUUAAUCACGCGAUGUGUAACAAUUCCCAGACAAAUAUAUAUUCCUAUUCUGUUCGAUCUGGCGAACUACGUCUGUCUGCAUUAAUGCUUGAUGAAAAUUAGGUAAAUAUAUUAUGUAGCUCUAUUAUCCAAGAACAGACGGUUGAAAACAAAGUUCAUAUCAUAUUAACCAAACAGAAAAACCAGGUCAAAAACUAUCGAAAAAAACAAGUCGAAAAAUAUUAUAUAGUAUAUUCUAAUUACUAAAGUCAGUUAAAAUUUGAAUUUUGUGUCUAGUCUAAAAAUAUAAUGAAAAUUUGAUAGGAUAGAGUAUUUAAUCGUCGGCAUACCGAAAAUAAAUAUUCAUGUUGAUUUGAUUUAUCAAAGAUUAUUGUGUAAAUAUAUAAAAAUAUUUAUGUAUAUAUUUAAGUAUGUCUCAGCCUCUGUGAAUUGUGAAUAAAGCGUCUUACUCAAAAUCCAAA